UGCUCCUUGGUGAUUCCAUUGUGAUCCAUUUUCAUCCACAUGUCACCCAGUUACUCCACAAUAUCAACAAAGGUACACGUUGUUUCACAGACAAACAAAGUAAUCAUUGAAAAGAUUGAUGGUGCACUGAGUAUUUUGUCAAAACUCGCCGGUUGCGAGAGAUUUUAAAUAUGCAUUUAUAAAUGCCACAAUCAUUUCUACUAUUUUGCUUCUAAAUGUUUUUCGUUCAUAAAAAUGAUAUAUUUCGCUACUUUAAUUCGCGUCAACGAUGGUCUCGCUCUCUGUGCGUCUACAGAUCUUGAUACAACUUUUGAAAUGAAAGAAAGUAAGAAACGAUUAAAGUUAUUAUCAAAAAAAGUUGGUCAACUACCUGCACGAUGCACAAGUAAAAUUGGCACCUAUUCUUUGCAUUUCACAAGAACUGGAUCUUUGUGUACAAUGAUGAUCUGCAGCAGUCAAUACCCAGAAAUAUUGGCCUUCAGUUUUUUAACAGACCUUCAAAGAGAAUUUCUUCAACAGUAUAAGAAUGAAGAUAUUCAGAAGGCCAAACGUCCUUAUACGUUUGUUGAGUUUGAUAUGUUUAUCCAGAGAAUGAAGCAAAGAUAUUCAAAUACAAGUAGUUUAACGAGCAGAAUCAAUGUAAAUGAUAUUAGUGAGGAUCUGAAACAAAAUCCUCCAUAUGAAAUCAAUAAUUCUGAACUAUAUCAGCAUAAUGGAUCAACAAUGACAAGCUACAAAAACAGUGGUAAAGUAAAAAUAGUUUUACCUCUAAACUGGCUGGGUUAUUUGAGUGGAGCUUUAUGCUGUGUUUGUGCAUUGUUGAACAUUCUCAGAUUCGUUCCAUUAUUUGCCUAUUAUGGUGCUGAAAAUGAGGAUCACAGUGUAACAGCUGCUCUAGCCUUUCUGGUUGGUGCUCUUCUCAAUGUUUUGCUGAAUGAUAUCAGUACACCUGCACUUUUGUUGAUUAUACUAAAGGUGAAGGUUUUUUGCUACAGACCUACCAACCCCGGGAAAUAUAAAAGUUUAAACCUGCAGGAACACUUAGAGGCAAAAAAAAACUUGAAAUUUUUUUAAACAAACUUCUAAAAGCGUCAUUUCAAAAUAAAUCGAUUAUAGUCAUCAUAAUAAGAAGAAUCGGAAAUUUAAUUUUUAGUUUGGAGUUGGGAGUUUGGAAAAAUGAAAAUCGGGAGAGUCGGCAGGUCUGUUGUUAUAUUUAGAGUUAUGUUUGUAAUCUGUAGAUGUAAUAGAGUGUGUAACAAAGAAGAAAUUAAAGAAUUCAACAAGAUAUCAAAAUGACUCAUAGAUCAGAUCACAUAACUGAUUCCUAUAUGUAUACCGUUAACCUUAUAUAUAUAUAUAUAUAAGUUAGUGUAUAUAAGUUCGUGUAGAUAUAUAUAUUAAGGGUAUAUAUAAGUUGGUGUGCUUUUUUUCAUGGUUUAAGCGUUAGGGAUCUUAUAUUCGGCGUGGAGGCUAAUGCAUGGACAAAAUUAUACUACAGUUAUCUGUUCGUUA